CCACACAUUUUAGGAGGGCCUACAUGAAGCCAGAUCUCAGCAGGGAUUCUCUGACGAGCAAGUGAUUCUGCCUUCCAGGAGUUUGCAGUUGAGCAGAAAAGAAUGCUAAGUCAGCAGACUGAAAUAGUAAUAUAUGAUGAGCAGGAUUAAGAGGGGGGUAUGGGGCUGACUUGGAAGCAUCCAGAGAAUUUGGAGGAUGGAUUUUAACUUGGAAUAGUCUUGAAGGACCCCAAUCCCAACUGUUAGUGAGACUUUUUCUCUCUUCUCCCUUGUGUUUGGUCUAGGAGAAGCUUCCCCAGGAGAUAUUUUUGGGGCCUCUUUAAUCACUGGAUGGGCUAAUGUUAGAGCGUUUCCUUUUCUCUCUGUACAUUGCAGAGAAAUAAUGCCUCUGUGUAGUUUCUCUCUCUCUCUCUCUCUCUCUCUCUCUCUCUCUCUCUUUUUGAGAUGGAGUCUCACUCUGCCCAGGCUGGAGUGCAGUGGUGCAAUCCCAGCUCACUGCAGCCUCCACCUUGCAGGUUCAAGUGAUUUUCCUUCCUCAGCCUCCUGAGUAUCUGGGACUACAGGCACAUGCCACCAUGACCAGCUAAUUUUUGCACUUUUGGUAGAGAUGGGCUUUUGCCAUCUUGGCCUAGCUGUCCUUGAACCCUUAACCUCAAGUGAUCUGCCUUCCUUGGCCUCCCAAAGUGCUGGGCAUAGGCGUGAGCCACCAGGCCCGACCUGUGUAGUCUCUUAACCUUCUUCAAUAGCCUGAGUUAGUUGAACUGUAUAGUGACAUAAUUGGGCUCUCCAGCACUGCAUUCAAAGACUCAUUCUUUUGUUCAUUCUUCCGUUCAGCAAACUUAUGUUUUUGGUGCCUGUGAGGGGUUCAGGAUCUGUGUAAGAGGUCUGGGCACAGAGUUGCAAGAAACCAGCCUUCCUGAUAAGGAACUCAGAAUAUAGAGGAGGCAGACUGAAAAUAUCAAUCAUAACUCCGAAGGGGAAGGGCUGGGGCAGGGGAAGUAACACUUGCGCACCUAAAAGUAAAAAGUGAGCCAGGAACAGUGUCGUGGUGGAAUUAGCAUCUGUGACAGGGGCUGGCAAAUUUUUUCCUGGGAGGGGCCAGGGAGUAAACACAGCAGACUCUUGGCAGCCAUAUGGUCCCUGUUGUAUCCACUCAACUCUGUUGUUAUGACAGAAAGCAGCCAUAGACAGUAUGCAAAUGAAUGGGCAUGGCUGUGUUCUAAUAAAACUUUAUUUCCAAAAACAGUGCAUGGGCUGGAUUUGGCCUGUGGGCUGAAAUGUGCUGACUCCUCGUCUAAGAUAAGACCUAAAGAGUGACUGGGAAAUGAAUGGCCAGGUAAAGAGUGGGACAUGUUCAGGCAGGAGAGCAGCAGGUGUCAUGACCCAGGAGCUGGAGCUGUUUUGGAAGAAAAAUUCUAACUGAGAAUGGUUGUGUGGCUGGCUGUAGCAUGCAUGUGUGGGCUAUGGUGUGAGGUGACAGGAGGAUUAGGAGGGGCUGUUUUGGAGUUCUGAGUUUAUCCUGAGGAUAGUCAGUAGGAAGGGACAGAACCUGUCAUGCAUCAUUUAAGCCACGGUGUGUUCUGGCCUCAAGGCCUCAGGCUAGUUGCUCUGAGCCCUUUUCUUUCUAUUUUCCAUUAAUUAAUUCUUGCAGGUAUACAGUGUGCUUCCCAGGAUGCAGGAGAGCAUGGCUCUGAUGACACAGCUGAGCACAAGUCAGUAGGAGGCACUGCCAUCUGCUCCUGGUGGCUGAUGGCAGAGAAGGGAGCCCUGGACCCUCUGGAAGGGCUGGACACUGCUCUGCAUGCAUCACCUCUGAUGGUCUCCUGGCCUACAUCCCCUCUGAUGGACCCUGUUAGGACUCAGUAAUUUAAAACGCAUGUGGCCAGGGGCUGUCUGGUCACUGGUAAUGAGGCCUUCACCUCCUCCUCCUGUUCCGCUUAGGCUAGAGGCAUUUAUUAACUCAAAUUAAUAGAGGAAGAAGAAAAAUAUUAACAACUCUCUAGGCCCCCUUCCAGCAUGAUCAGGCCCCCUACCAGCAUGAUCAGCCUCCCAGAAGCUACAAGGAGAGCAGGCGAGGGUCAUUUGCUGAGUGAUGCUCAGUAAUUUUCAGGGCUGGAUAUGGUGGCUCACAACUGUAAUACCAGCUGUUUGGGAGGCCAAGGUGGACAGAUCACUUGAGGUCAGGAGUUCGAGACCAGCCUGGCCAACAUGGUGAAACCUCAUCUCUCCUAAAAAUACAAAAAAUAGGCCAGGUGUGGUAGCAGGUAUCAGGUAUCUGUAGUACCAGCUACUCAGGAGGCUGAGGCGGGAGAAAUGCUUGAACCCAGGAGGCAGAGGUUGCAGUGAGCUGACAUCGCACUAUGGCACUCCAGCUUGGGUGACAGAGCGAGAUGCUGCUCAAAAGAAAAAAAAACUUCAGGAAGCAGACACCAAGUCAUUCCUUCCAUCUGAGUCGUGUUUUGGGAUCAUCACUUGUACAUUAAAGAGGUGGCCUUUCCGUGUCCGUCAGCUGAAUUAGGCACAAUUUCAGCGGUUACCACUUCAUGACCUGGGUUUUACCUACUAACUCAGGGUGGAAUGCAUCUGGGGAUAGACACAGAACUGUAGCACCUCAUGGGAUCUGAGCUUGACACUAGCUUCGAUUUCACUUUUAUAAUAAUAAUAGUAGAAAUAGAGACAGAAUAUAUUGCAUCCUUACCAUGUUAUGGGCAUUGUGCUAAGCACCUUAUAUAUAGUAUCAGCUUAUACUAUCCCACAAGGUAGGGUUUAUCAUCAUCUGUUGUGGUGAAGGAAACUGAGGUAUAGAGGAUUAUAUAACUUGCUCAAGAUCACAUCUCCUUACUCAAGGGUAUAGGGAUUGACAAGCUACCACUCUACCACCUGAGGUCCAAAUCUUGCCCACCACCUGUUUUUGUAAAUAAAGUUUUAUUAGAACACAGCCACACCUAUUCAUUUACAUAUUUUCUUUGGCUGUAUUCAUGCUACUGUGGCAGACUGGAGUAGUUGCAACAGACACCAUAUGCCCCACAGAGCCUACAAAAUUUACUCUUUGGUGCUUUCAGAAAUGGUUGAAUACUAUCCAAGCAAUAAGUGGCAAAUGUGAUACGAACGUAGGUUCCUUGGACCCAGAGGCUGAAGUCCUGAUCGUCAGUGCUAUGCUGCCUCUGUGUUACCAUUUCUGUGCUUGCCAUUUGUUCAUACGGUGGGUUUUAGGUUCCUGUUGUCUUCUGAAUCCUGGACCAUGAGUUCUUUGAGAGUAAGGACCCUGUCUUAUUCAUCUCUUUCAUUUCUCUGUUUAACACAGCACUAGGCACAUUGUUAAAGGCUCAAUGAAUAUUUGUCAAAUGAAUGAAUGGAUGGGUGGAUGGAUGGAUGGUUGAAUGGUUUUUAUAGCCUUCCCAGCACUGGAAGCCAACUCACCGUCCAGUGCUCUCCUCAUUAUGAAGUGAAUGCAAGAUAAAUUUCAUGAUGAGGACCUUAGGUAGGGACGAAGGUGAAUGACACUGUGCUGACUGAAGAUACCAGCCCCAUCGUUUCACGCCCUCAUCCUGCCAGGGAGAGUAAUAUGGAGGCCGCUGGAAGCCAGAGGAAGCUUUCUUUAUCAUUCCUUUUGACAGAUCUUUUAGAGAUGUCCUUGCCUAUAAUUCAGACUCUGAGCAUUACUAAUACAUUGUUGUCACACACAACUAAUAUCUGUCAUCCCCAUGUCAAGCAGAGUCCUGAAUAUAAAUUCCUGAGGUCCCUUCCCUAGAGCUGAGGCAGUUAAUGCAUGAGAGGGGUGCUCUUCCCUAAGUCAGCUGGGAAUUCCAGGCAGAAGCACCAGCAGCAUCACCCUCAACGUUAGGUUGUAAACUUCCCAGGGGGCACUGAUUCUAUUUCUUACUGAUAAAAAAAGUUCCCUGCUGGUGACUUCAUUUUCUGUAGCCAUGGCAUUUGAAAAACACCUCCAUGCACAGCGCUGAUUUUGUCCUCCCAGCAGGGUUUUGAAGUGGGCACUGCUAACUGCAUUUUGCGAAAGGAAACUUGCAUUUAUGGAGUACCAGUUCCUUACAUGUGUGUAUCUCUUAUAACAAAUUUGCAUUUCCCCCAUUUGUCAGAUGAAGAGAUGGCAUCGAGAGCCCAGGGAAGAUGCAAGUCUCAGCACUUGAACUCUGGACUAUCAGAUGCCAAAGUUCAUGAUAUUCAACCCUUCCUCGCAUUUGCAGUGAUGCCCUGGCAUGGCUUGGCCCUGGGUAGGGACAGCAUAGAGGACGUUUGUCUAAGGCUACUUCUUACCUGCUGAGACCUUGUGUGUCUGAAGCUCGGCUCAAGUCCCUGCAUCACCAGAGAUGAGAGCUUACUGCAGAUGAGUGGUGAGGGCUGCAUGGCCAUUAUCCACGCCUGGCGUGUUUUGCAGUGCUGGGGGAACGCACAGGUUGCUUACCAGACACAGUGUUCUGAGUUUUUCUCAGUUGUCCAUUUAGGUUUUCAAGAUUAUUCCUGAAAUGUGGGGUGGCUGGGGGCUCUCUGGGAGCCAGAGGGGCCUCUCAGAAGUUAAUGUUCCAUUCCAGGUUAUAAUGGACAGCAGCUGGGAUGUCUGCCUGGGCCACUUUGCUUUGAGCAUCUCUGCAAACUUGGCCUCCAGUGAAGAAUUUGUGAGCUUACUUAAGCAUAGCAAGCACAGGUGUAACAAAAUGGCAGAAGUUGCCAGUGUGUUCACCGCUGGGCUUUUGCUCAUAUGACCCUUAGCUGCCCCUUACCUUUAUGGAAGAGGACAUGCUUCCUGAUUUACCUUUCUCUUCUCUUUAGCUUCUUUACCAUUUAAAAAAUUUAAAUACCAUUUAAAAAAUUGAGUAUAAAUUAUAUACAAAUAUACAAUACAAAUCACAGAUUGUAAGUUCAAUGAGUUUUGAUGGAGGUAUAUCCCUAGAUGCCUACUGCACCAAUCAAGACAGUAUUUCUCCUCCACCCCAGAAAGUUCUUUCAUGUCCAUCUCUGAUCAUCUUGCCCAUCCUGAAGGCAACCCUUGUUCUGCUUUUUAGCACAUAGCUCAGAUCUCUCACAGAACUUCAUGUAAAUGCUCUCAUACAGUGUGUAUCCUUUUGUGUCUGGUUUCUUUCACUCAACGUGAUGUUUUUGAGAUACACCCAUGUGUUUUAUCAGUGCAUUCUUUCCUAUUAUUUUAUAGCUACAUAUUACCAAUAUUUUGUUGUGCGAAUAUACCGCCAUUUAUCGGUCCAUUCUCAUUUUGUUUCCUCGGGUUGCUGUGACAAAGUAUCACAAACGUGGUGACUUAAAACAACAGAGUUCUAUUGUCUCACAGCUCCACCGACCAGAAGUCCUGGGUCAAGGUGUGGGCAGGGAUGCACUCCCUCUGAAAGCUCUAGGGGAGGGCCCUUCUUUGCCCCUCCCAGUUUCUGAUGGCUUCCACCAAUACUUGGUGUUCCUUUCUUGUUUUGAGUCUGCAUUAUUCUAAACUCUGCUUCACAUGGCUUCUUUCCUCAGUGUAUUCCUCCUCCUCCUCCUUCUCCUUCUCCUCCUCCUUCUCCUUGUCUUCUUCCUCCUCCUUUCCCUCCUCCUCUUCCUUUCUUCUUUCUCUGCUCCUUUUCUUCUCCUUCUUCUUUUUCUGCUCCUCUUUCCUUCUUUUUCUUCACAGGGUCUGGCUCUGUUUCCCAGGCUGGAGUGCAGUGGUAGAAUCACAUCUCACUGCAGCUUCCACUUCCCAGGCUCAAGUGAUCAUUCCACCUCAGACCCUCCAGUAUCUAGGACUACAGGUGCCUACCACCAUGCGUGGCUACUUUUUUUUCCUUGUAUUUUUUUUGUAGAGACGAGGUAUUACCACCUUGCCCAGGCUGAUCUCAAACUCCUAGGCUCAAGCAGUCCUUCUACCUGUCUCCCAAAGUGCUGAGAUUACAGGUGUGAGCUAGCACACAGGUCCUCUUUUCUUAUAAGGACACCAGUCAUUGGAUUUAGAGCUUAUCCUAAUCAAGUAUGACCUUAACUUGAUUACUUAUGUAAAAAUCCUACUUCCAAAUAAGGUCAUGUUUACAGUUAUUGGGGGUUAAGACUUCAAUAUACCUUUUUUGGACGUACAGUUCAACCCAUUAUACAUCUGGAGUGCUUCCAGAUUGAGGUUAUUGAGAGUAAAUCUAAAUCUAUUUAGAACAUUCUUGUACACCCUUUUUGUUAUUGUUGUGGACAUAUAUUCUCAUUUCUCUUGAGUAAAUAGCUACAAGUAGAAUCCCUAGGUCCUGGUGUAUGUGUUUUUAUGUAGCUUCAUAAGAAACUGCCAAACUGUUUUCCAAAGUGGUUGCAUAUUUUACAAUCCCACCAGCAGGUGUGACAAAUCAGUUGCUCUGUAUCAUCAGUAGUUCUCAAUAUGGGGCAAUUUUGAAUUUUGUCCCCAGAGGACAUUUGGCAAUAUCUGAAGACAGUUUUGCUGGCCAUAAUUUGCAGUGGAGGGGACAGUGCUGCUAACAUCUAGCACCUGGGGAGGGACCAAGGAUGCUGCUGAGCAUUUCACAAUGCCCAGGGCAGCCCCCAUUCACAGUCCCCAGGAAUGGGUUAUCCAGCUGGAAAGGUCAAUGGUGCUGAGGUUGAGAAAUCCCACCCUGUCUCCUUGCUACCACUUAAUAUUGUCAGGCAUCUAACUUUAUUCAUCCCUAUAGUUAUGAAAUGUUAUCUCAUCGUGUUUUGCUUUGUGCAUCUUUAAUGACUAAAUGUGGCAAACAUUUUUUUGGACUUAUUGGCUAUUUCUCUCCAUUUUAUGUAAAUCAUCUAUUCAAAUCUCUUGCUUAUUUUAAAAUUGGGUUAUCUUUUUAAAAAAUUUCUAUUUUAUUUUAUUUUUAUUUUUUGAGGUGGAGUCUUGCUCUGUCACCUAGGCUGGAGUGCAGUGGUGCUACUGGGCUCACUGCAACCUCCACCUCCCAGGUUCAAGCAAUUCUACUGCCUCAGCCUUCCUAGUAGCUGGGAUUACAGGCAUGUGCCACCAUGCCCAGCUAAUUUUUUGUAUAUUUAGUAGAGGUGGGAUUUCACCAUGUUGGCCAGGUUAUUUUCAAACUCCUGGCCUCAAGUGAUAUGCCUACCUUGGCCUCCCAAAGUGCUGUGAUUAUAGGUGUGAGCCACAGCCCCCUGCAACAUCUGUCUCCCUGGUAAGUGAUUCUUGUGCCUCAAGUAGGAGGGUUUACAGAUUUGCACCACCAUGCCAGGCUCACUUUUGUAUUUUUAGUCGAGACGAAGUUUCACCAAAUUGGCUAGGCUGGUCUCGAACUCCUAACUUCACAUGAUCUGCCCAGGCUUCCCCAAGUGCUGGAAUUACUUGGCACGAGCCACCACCCCUGGCCUAAGAAUUUUUUAAUGUUUAGUGCUUUUUGUAUCCUAAGAAAUCUUUGCCAAUCCCAAAGUUGUCAAUAUUCUCCUAUUUUCUUUUAGAAGCUUUCCAGUUUUUAGCUUUUCUGAUAGGUUUAUUAUCUAUCUCACAUUAAUUUUUGCAUAUGAUGUAAAGUAAGGAUGGAAACUCUUUAUUUUCCAUGUGACUAUCCAGUUGUUCCAGCACCAUCUGUUGAAAAGACCCCAUUGAAUUUCUUGAUAUCGUCAUCGAAUGUAAGUUGGCCAUGUGUAUGUGGGUGUACUUCAAGACACUCCGUUCCAUUCCAUUGAUCAACUUGCCUGCUCUUAAGGCAAUAUCACACUGCCUUGAAGACAUUGUCUUAUCUCUCUGGCCUCUUGUCUUUUCAUCUGUCUCCUCUGAUUUUUCUUCUUUCAAUCUCCCUGUUUCACUGGGCUGGGGAUGAGUGCAGUUGGGAGAGAAAAACUAAGCUAUGUUUUGCUUCUUCUUAUUUCUCAUACCGUUUUGCAGCCUACCUCCCUUGCCAUCUUGUUUGUUUGUGUGUGUGUGUGUGUGUGUGAGCGAGAGAGAGAGAGGAGAGAGAGAGAGAGCGAGAGAGAGAGAGAGAGGAGAGAGAGAGAGAGCGAGAGAGAGAGAGAGAGAGCGAGAGAGAGAGGAGAGAGAGAGAGAAUUAAGCCAGGGAUAAAAAGUACCAGAUGCCUGCCCCAAGCAUCCCUGUUCUUGUUAACCAGUUUUCUUUCCUGUUUCCCACUCAGCACCUACGUUCUCACUUGUCUCAAGAGCAUCCCAUUUAAACAGAUUGGCCAAGCCUUAUUCCUCCCCUUGUCUUUGACUUUUUUGACUUCUUGAAAUCCCUCCCUCCCACCUGAAAUCUUCCUGGAAUCAACAGAAAAAAAGUCAUGCUUCUUCUUUCCUAAAGAGUGACUCAUCAAGCCAGGGCUGAACACUUACAAACAACCCUCCCUACAAGGGAUCAAAAAUGUUCCUGAUCUCUGUUGAUUCUUGGCAUGUUGUUGUGCAUCUGGGCUGAUGCUGCUGGUUAUAUCCUGGCAUUGCAGACCCCCUGCCUGUUUGACGUGGAUCAUGGAGCAUCCAAGAGUCCAGAACUGCGUGGGGUGAGGGAUAAGGGGCGGGGGCAGGUUAUUUUUUGCUGAUGAUCCAGAGAGAUGAAGCUUGUUGUGUAACUACCAGCAGCAAAGCCACAUAAAGUCUCAUGACUCUUCAGAACAAAAUGGAGAGAUUAUAUGCCCAUUGCAUCAUUAUUUAGAAAAAGUGUAUUUUUAAUAUUUGUGAAUCAGAACCUGUGCUAACACCUCAGUAUCUGAGGAAUGUUGAUACUUAUUUUUAGGUAUAGUUUGAAAGAUACAUAUUGUUUUUCUUUUCUUUUCUUUUCUUUUUUUGAGACAGGGUCUCACUCUGUCAUAUUGCCCAGGCUGGAGUGUAGUGAUAUGAUCUCAGCUCACUGCAACUUUCAUCUCCGAAGUUCAAGCAGUUCUCCCACCUCAGCCUCCCACAUAGCAGGGACUACAGGCACAUACCACUACGCCCGGCUACUUUUUAUAUUGUUUGUUAGAGAUGGGGUUUUGUCAUGUCGGCCAGGCUGAUCUUGAACUCCUGACCUCAAGUGAUUUACCCGCCUCAGCCUCCCAAAGUGCUGAGAUUAUAGGCGUGAGCCUCUGUGCCCAUCCUGAAAGGUAUAUAUUAAAGCCUAACUUUAAAACACAUUAUGUUUUAAAGAGCAAACUGAAAUAAACAGUAAGAACAGGAUUUAAAGACAGCUUGAGUUUGAAAUACUUAUCAAAAUGUGAGAUUUUGUUGGUAUCUACACUAGUAGUUUGAUGUGAGAAAUAUGCAAUAAAUGUUAUUUGCAUAACUUCAAAAAUCCAAUAUUAGAUUUUUUUUUUUUUUUUUUUUGAGACAGAGUCUUGUUCUGUUGCCAGGCACCAGGCUGGAGCGUAGUGGCGCGAUCUCAGCUCACUGCAACCUCCACUUCUCAGGUUCAAGCAAUUCUCCUGUCUCAGCCUCCUGAGUAGCUGGGACCACAGGUGUGCACCACCACGCCAGCUAAUUUUUGUAUUUUUUUAGUAGAGACGGGGUUUCACCAUGGUCUCGAUCUCUUGACCACAUGAUCUGCCCACCUCUGCCUCCCAAAGUGCUGGAAUUACGGGCUUGAGCCACCACACGUGGCCUAGAUUUUUUUUUUUAAAUGAUAUUCUAAAAUGGUUGAAGACUCACAAGAAAUUGUGGUACAGAAGUUCCUUGUAUCCUCCCCCAACUUCCCCCAGUGACAGCAUCUUACAUAACCACAGUAUAAAAUUGACAUUGGUACAAUACUGUUGACUUAAUACAGAUCUUAUUUGGAUUUUACUAAUUUUUACUUGUAUUUUUUUAGCAUUUUUUAAAAUGAUGAUUUUAUUGUUCAACAGAUGACCUGGCAGUAUCCAAGAAAAUUUUGGAAUGAGAAAGAUAUGAGUUCCCAUUCCAGCCUUGUCACUUAUCUGUGGGAUCAUGGGUGAUUCAUUCAACUUUUCUGAGCCUCAGUUUCUUCCUCUGUAAAACGGAGUUGAUCAUAUCUGCCUCUUAUAAAUUAAAUUACUUAUACAGAUAUAUCAUGCUUAAUAACGGUUGUGAUGGGUUGGCUGAAAAAUCUAAACUCACGGAAGUAUAAACAUGAAGGAAGCAGCUUUGAGUUUAAUUGAGGUACGUGGAGUGUCUUCUUUUCCAUUUUUAGUGACAACUCGGGCAGAUUUACUCACUUUUGGCUUGUAGAGCAUAAAGCAGAGAAAGUCUCCCUGGUGUUGGUGUGGCUUGUUUGAUUCUUCCGUUGUGAGUGAUCUCUCUGCGAAUGAUGAGGAUGGAGUCCUCUGGCUUGUCUGCAGGGUCAUCCUGAUAACGUCCCCUGCCACUGAGGGGCAGCCUGGUCUAAUUGACUCCUGGGAUGGCACCCCUCUGGUCCCUUUUCUGGUGGUCACCUAGACACAGAGGACUGCUGCCAUCCACUAGCCCUCAGGCUUUCCCUUGCAGUCAUGGGCAUAGGGGAUACUUCUCUUAUUCUCUGGGUGGGUAGAGAUCUGGGGUGCAGUGGGAAGUACCCCCAUCGCCUUCUCAGACUCACUACUUCAAUAGCCCCUUGUUACAGGAAAGGGGUCUUGAUCCAGACCCCAAGAGAGGGGUCUAAGAUCUCGUGCAAGAAGGAAUUCAGGGCAAAUCCAUACAGUAAAGUGAAAGCAAGUUUAUUAGAAAAGUAAAGGAAUAAAAGAAUGGCUACUCCAUAGACAGAGCAGCCCCAAAAGCUACUGGUUGCCCAUUUUUAUGAUUAUUUCUUGAUGCUAUGCUAAACAAGGGGUGGAUUAUUCAUGCCUCCUCUUUUUAGAUCAUAUAGGAUAAUUUCCUGACAUUGCCAUGGCAUUUGUAAACUGUCACUGAGCUGGUGGGAGAGUAGCAGUGGGGACGACCAGAGGUCACUCUUGUGACCAUCUUGGUUUUGGUGGGUUUUGGUAGGCUUCUUUACUGCAUCCUGUUUUAUCAGCAAGGUCUUGAUGACCUGUAUCUUGUGCUGACCCCUGUCUCAUCCUGUGACUUAGAAUGCCUUAGACAUCUGGGAAUGCAGCCCCAUAGGUUUCAGCCUCAUUUUACCCAGCUUCUGUUCAACAUGGAGUUACUCUGAUUCACACACCUCUGAUACCCUCAAGCUGUUUGGACGUAGGUCGUCUAGUGAUCCCCUACGUGCAGAAAUGUCUAGUGCUGUGCUGCACUGUCUAAUAUGGUAGCCACUAGCCACAGGUGGUAAUUAUUUAAAUUUAAAAGAAUUAUAAUUAUCGAGUACUGGCUUGCAACUGUAGUCCCAGCUACUUAGGAGGCUGAGGGGGGAGGAUCACUUGAACUCGGUUCGAGACCAACUUGGGCAACAUAGUGAGACCCCUGUCUCUUAAAAAAUAAUUAAAAUAGGUGGAGCUGCCUCAUCACUGCCAGACUUAAGCUGAGGCCCGUUGGCUCUCUGGCAGGCUGUAGAACUGAGCCCAGGCCACACUAUCCUGUUCAUGCUCUGUGCUUAUGCCAAAAGGUCAAUGGCAGUUUGCUGUGUUCUGCACACUGGGCAAAAGAUGUCCCUGAUUGGUCUGGGUACCUGGAAGAGUGAACCUGGUCAGGUAAAAGCAGCGGUUAAGUAUGCCCUUAGUGUAGGCUACCACCACAUUGACUGUGCUGCUUUCUAUGGCAGUGAGCCUGAGACUGGGGAGGCCCUGAAGGAGGAUGUGGGACCAGGCAAGGCAGUGCCUUGGGAGGAGCUGUUUGUGACAUCCAAGCUGUGGAACACCAAGCACCACCCCGAGGAUGUUGAGCCUGCCCUCCAGAAGACUCUGGCUGACCUCCAGCUGGGGCAUCUGGACCUUUACCUGUACGUGAUGCACUGGCCUUAUGCCUUCGAGCGGGGAGACAAUCCCUUCCCCAAGAAUGCUGAUGGGACUAUACGCUAUGACUCCACCCACUACAAGGAGACUUGGAAGGCUCUGGAGGCACUGGUAGCUAAGGGGCUGGUGCGGGUGCUGGGCCUGUCCAACUUCAGCAGUCAGCAGAUUGAUGAUAUACUCAGUGUGGCCUCCAUGCGUCCAGCUGCCUUGCAGGUGGAAUGUUACCCAUACUUGGCUUCGAAUGAGCCAAUUGCCCACUGCCAAGCAUGUGGCCUGGAGGUAACUGCUUAUAGCCCUUUGGGCUCCUCUGAUCAUGCAUGGCGCGAUCCUAAUGAACUUGUCCUGGAGGAACCAGUAGUCCUGGCGUUGGCUGGAAAGUAUGGCCGAUCUGCAGCUCAGAUCUUGCUCAGGUGGCAGGUCCAGCAGAAAGUGAUCUGCAUCCCCAAAAGUAUCACUCCUUCUCGAAUCCUUCAGAACAUCAAGGUGUUUGACUUCACCUUUGGCUCAGAAGAAAUGAAGCAGCUAAAUGCCUUGAACAAAAACUGGCAAGAUAUUGUGCCUAUGCUUAUGGUGGAUGGGAAGAGUCCUAAGGGAUGCAGGGCAUCCUCUGUACCCCUUUAAUGACCCAUACUGAAACCACAGCUUCUUGGCCUUCCUUCCAGUUCUCCAGCUAAUGAGGUCCUGCCACAACGGUAAGAGAGAAUUAAUAAAGCCGUGAGAACAUCCAA